UGUAUAAUGGUCAACACCUACAAUCAAUCCCCUUCACCCCAACAAGGGUCUCCCUCUUCAAUAAUGAAAAUGACGAUGUGGAUUUUAACUCUUCUUUUCGUGGCACAGAUUAUCGGAACCUGUUUUUUUGGCGUAUAUUUUUACAAAAGGCUAGACAAGAUGGAGGAGGAGAAGAGUUUCGGGGAUGAUUACGUGUUUUUGAAAAUGAUACAAAAAUGUAAAAAAGGAGAAAGCACAGAUACGUUGCUGAACUGCACGAAGGUGUUAUCCUUAUUCCACAUUUUUAUUAAUGAGGUCGCAGAUACUUCCUCUCCUGGAAUAAUGUUUGGAAAGCUGAAAGGUGACAACAACCAACCAUCAACAGCUCCACGAGUAGGAGAGCGGACAAACAAGACAACAGAAGACAAUUUAAAUACAGAGAAAGUUCCAGUUGCAAUACAUCUUGUGGGUAAAAGCACCAACAAAACAGAAGUUCUUCAGUGGAUGUUAAAGGGCUACACAUCAAUGAGCAAUCAAGUAACUUAUACUAACGGCUAUUUCAAAGUGGAAGUACCUGGCGUUUACUAUGUGUAUUCACAAGUUAGUUUUUGUAUAAAUACAAAAGACGCAUACCUCGCACCAUUUGUGCAAAACAUCUUCUUACGCAGACAACCACAAAUGGACAUACUGUUACUAAAAGGAGCGAACACGCUGUUAUCAAAGACUGGAGACUGCGCACUGCAUUCUAUUAAACAAGGAGCUGCGUUUACUCUGAGGCAAAAUGACCUACUAUUUGUCAAUGUGACAGACUCAUCUCGUAUUAAUUAUAGUCCCGGUCUCACAUACUUUGGCAUGUUUAAACUCUGA